AUGUCAUUCGAUGGAAGUUACAUGAAAAUGUAUCUUGUGCUGAAGGGACUGGCUGGUGCCCAAGCCUCGACGCAAGCCGAUGAGGCGCUCAAAGCUGUUGGCCUCGAAGACAAACGACACGCGCUCACGCGCGGCCUUUCGGGUGGCAUGCAGAGGAGGCUGAGCAUCGCCAUCGCCAUCGCUUCCAAUCCGCAGGUGGUCAUCUUGGACGAACCGUCUGCGGGCCUGGACGCCGAGAACAAGCGCGGAAUUUGGGACUUGCUACUGGGCAUGCGCAGCAAGAGCACGCUCAUUAUCUCCACUCACGACAUGGAGGAGGCCGACAUCCUGGCGGAUCGGAUCAUCGUGAUGGCCGAUGGCAGGGCCCUGUGCGGCGGUUCGCCUGCUUUCCUCAAGAAGGCCUAUGGUGCGGAUCGUUUCACCGGCGUGGGCUAUCAAUUGCGCAUCAUCAAGGACCCCGAGGGACUCGACCUGUCCCAAGUCCUACGGACGGUACGGAAAGCGGCUCCCAAAGCGGAAGCAGAGGACAAGAUGAAGGAGGCCAUCGUCUCGCUCAACACGCUCAGUCACGCGGGAUUCGUCCGCAUGUUCAAAGAGCUGGAGGAACGCGGGACCGAGCUUGGCAUCCAGGCCAUCGGCGUAAUGGUUGCCACCCUCAGGGACGUCUACAUCAAGAUAAACCUUGGAUGGGUUCCAGAUGGCGUAAACCCGAGGGCAGACUACACGCCUGACGAAAAUGACGUGUCCAUCGCCGGAUCGGUGUCAGGCGCCCGACCUGGUGCCGCCAGACAGUUAAAGGCGCUCCUGACCAAGCGCGUCAUCUUCUUUUCCCAAUCCUACUUCCUGAUGCUCUUUAUCUUUCUGACUCCGGCCCUGGUAUUUCUGACCGAGUUCCGCGGCAAUCGGGAAACAUUGUUGGAGUUGUCCGUCAAUAUCCGAAGUCUCCCACUGUCUAUGAAGGCCCUCUACGGCGACGGCCACACGUUCGGCCAGCAUGACGUGGCGGCCAAGGAUUAUUUCGAACAGUACCGGCCACUGGUGGAGAGUGAAGAUGCCACACUGCGGAUAUUCGAGAACGCCACCAAAGAGCUGCUGACCGAAGCCCAGGAGGACUACGUUGCGUUCAGCCAGGCCUACCUACUCGGCGGUGUGUUCGAGGGACAAAGGCUCGAGAGCUGGUACAACCCUUUCGCUCCCCUCAGCCAAGCGAUCGGCGUCAACCUUGUGGACACUGCGCUCCUCCGCCUGCUAACCGGGAAUCACGCCGCCCGAAUCCGAACCACGUUCAAAGUGACCGCAACCCCCUUGGCGGACCAAACAGAGCGAGAAGGGCGCUCUGCGGGAAACCUGGACUCGAUUUUUAAAAUAGGCAUCGGUCUGCUUCCAUGGAUCUUCGCCGCCCCUUUGGUAGUGGGCCUGCUACUGUCCGGCUUCGUUAUCUUCCCGUUCACGGAGACCGCCAGCCACGCCAAAGAACUCCAGCUCAUGACCGGCGUUCCCGGUUACCUGUACUGCCUGUCCAACUUUCUCUUCGACCUCGUCGUCUACCUGGCGGCCUUUGUUCCGCUGGCCGUGUGCUUCGUCUAUCUGUACAGCCUGGAGACGCAGUCGUACGUGGCCGUAGCAGCGGUCGUUCUGGCACACUCGAUGGUCGGCGUCUUGUUGCCUCAUCUGAUUGCCACGUUCACCGCAACCCAGGCGGGCGCCUUCGCCCUGGUCCUUUUGCCGUGCACCAUCGGAGGCGCAAUUCAGGCGUCUGUUAAAUUAACGCUGGGAAAUCACUGGAAGGGAGCGGUAAACUGGAUCGUGCUCUUCCUGCCUCCUGGUUCACUGGCGAUCGCCCUCCUCAAGGUAGUCAAACUCGACGCCGAGAACAAGGAGUGCCUGAGUAUAAUGAGCGUCGAUAACAGCUCGACGCCCGAAGGUUGUCGGGGCGGCUCUUGGCAGUCGUUCGGCCAUGGAUUAGAGCGCUGUUGCGAAGUAAUAGAAGCCAAAUCGAAGCACAUCAGCCUGUUAGGACCCUUCUCCCCGAGUCACGGCGGCAUCCUCUUCGAUUUGCUCGCGAUGUUGGUGAUGGGGGCGUGCCUCUUCGCCCUCAUCAGCUGGAUGGACUCUGGGCGUUUUUUGCCGUCACUGCCCCACGUCACCAAAGACGACGCCGACGGCGUGAUCGACUCCGACGUCCAAGCGGAGAAGCGCCUUGUGGACGACCUGUGCUCGGCCAAGAAGUUCCACGAACACUCGCUAGUCGCCCACAACGUGCACAAGUGGUACAAGUCCAUGCACGCGGUGAGGGGACUCAACUUUGCCGUGGCUCCCAGCGAGUGCUUCGGGCUGCUGGGGGUCAACGGGGCCGGCAAGACGACCACGUUCCAGGUGCUCACGGCGCUCCUGCCCAUGUCGCAAGGCGACGGAUACAUGGAGGACGUGAGGCUUUCGAGUAACCCUCGAAAGUGGCAGUCCCACAUCGGCUACUGCCUCCAAUAUGGCGGCCUACUGGACAAGCUGAACUCGUACCAACUGCUGUACCUGUUCGCCCGGCUCAGGGGCGUUCCCGAGAAUAAGGUCAAGCAGCUCGUCGACAGCAUGAUCAGCGUCUGCGACCUGCAAAACCACGCCCACAAAGAAUGCGGAUCCUACAGCGGCGGAAACAAGCGCAAGCUCUGCAUGGCCGUGGCGUACAUCGGCCUGCCCAGGGUGGUUUUCCUGGACGAGCCUACGGCAGGAGUGGACGUGGUGGCCCGCAGCAAGAUCUUCUCAGCUCUGAAGGCGAUUCGAACCGCGUCCGGGAAUUCCCUCGUCCUGACCUCUCACAGCAUGGACGAGUGCGAGCUUGUUUGCGACCGCAUCGGCAUCAUGGUUGCCGGCCAGUUCAAGUGCCUGGGCACGCUACAGCACCUCAAAGGCAAGUUCGGCAGGGGCUACACCCUCAACGUCCACCUCAAGAGCGUGUCCACCUUGAACGUGGCCGACUUCAGGGCGGAAGUGGAGAAAACUUUUCCCGGCAUCGAGCUAAAGAGUCAUCGUGAGGCUGUCUUCGACUUUCACAUGGAGGAGAAACUGCCCUGGAGUGUCCUGUUCGCCAAAAUUGAAGAGCUGGAGCUGUUGUUCUCGUUCGAGCACGUCUUGGUUUCCGAAUGCACACUGGAACAGAUCUUCAUCGGCUUUGCGCGAGAGCAAGAUAAAAGGGAACUAGAACGCGACAAUGCCAUCGGUGCACGGCCAACGAGGUAG